CAAAAAUCCUAACACUAACCCUAACCCUAACCGUACCAAUACAAUAAGAAAGUCUAUCAUUCAUUCUGAUAAUAGAAUCACUUCAGUGUUCCAAGGCAACAAAGUGUGUAAUUACAUCGCAAGGACGGAAAUACAACGAAAAAGUUUUGCCGAAAACAAAAAAAAAGUUUUUGCAAAAAAGAAAAAAAAAGAUUUUACAAAUAAAAAGAAAAGAAAAGAACACGAUCGAUUUUACUCAUGCUAUUAUUAUGCGUUUCUGGGAAUCCCGGACUUAGUGCAGUCAACUGCAACUUUGACCAUAUAGAGUGACUUGACAAUUAUUCACCAACUUUUGUGGCUAUAUAUGUCAGAGUUCGGCGGUAUCCGAUAUUCACUUUGUUGACAGGACAGGUGCUACCUGCAUCAAUACAAUAAGAAAGUCUACAUUUCAUACAGAUAAUAGAAUCACUUCAGUGGCAAAAAUGAAAGCCCCAGCUUCCAUCGUUUUCAUAGUAUAUCUGUUUUACCAGGUCAGCAGAGUGUCAGGUGUUUGCCCUGAAGGUCAGUUAGAGCAUGGAGACAAAUGCUGUAAACCUGUUACACAUUGUCCAUCAGGUUCUUAUGUGAAAACGUGUGAGAGGAAUGGCAGUUGUGACAAGUGUUUGCCUUGUCCCUCUGGAACUGGGAACCUAUUCAUCACGUCAUCAUUUGAUGUCAAAAGAUGCCAUAAAGAUAACUGCCCCACAGGUUCCUUUCGAACCUCUGAAGACAAGUGUGAGUGUGCCUUUCAUGAUGGUUACAUAGAAACCGAAGACAAAAUGUUCUGUCAAAAAAUUGAUCGCGUAUGUCAGCCAGGACUGGAAUUAAACUUUCGAGGUAGAUGCGAGACUUGUGCAGACGACCAUUACAAAUACUGGAAUGGACAUGGUUAUUGCGUUAAACAAAUGGAUUGUUCUAAAAUACGUCUCUCCAAAAUACCUGGAAAUCAUACAAUCCCUGCCACAUGUCUUGGCUUCAAUGAUACAUGUUCACUGAAAGCAGAAGAGAGGUUCCCACCAUUACCUCCAGGCUGGAAACCUAGAGGAUCACCGAUUCCAUUUGUUCAAGGAACAACAAGGCGCCCUAUUUUAUGGGCAAAAAUAACAACAAAACCUCGUUUGCUACAAACAACACACAUAAUAAAUCCAAAAAAAACAUCACAGGAGACAACUUCCAAUGAAACAUAUGAAGGAGCUGCAUAUUCCCCUGGGACCGUCCACGCCUGCAUAGCAGUUAUUUGUGUACUCUUUAUAAUUACCGUCAUACUAUUUGCUUACAUUGUAAGAAUAAAACUUCAAAGCCGCAAGAAACGAAAGCUAAACAACAACAACAACAACAACAACAACAGCUACAAGAAAAUUGGUCAAGGAAGCAGUGCAUCCGGAAGAGAAUCAGACCAGAAGAGUGGAAUUGAAUUAAAUGAGCUGCUUUCGACCCAGUGAAAGUUUCAUCAUCACCAUCAUCAUUUAACAUCAUCAAUUGAAAAAAAAAAAGAUGUUGUGGACAGAUAAGUGGGAUCCAACAAGGAUGAAAAUAAAAUUAUAAAAAUUAUAAAAUUUAUAGAUUUUUAACACACAUCAACCCUUUCGUUACUAACCCGGCUGAAACCAGCUUUGGCUCUGAGUACAAAUGUCUUGUUUUCAAAAGUUCUGAAUUGAAAUCUUCCACCAAACCUUAGUCACAAUUUAUGUUACUAACACUAGCUUAAUGAUAACUAAGUUAUUUUUCUAAAGUCCAUAUGCUUGUGUGAGGGGAAUAACAUUAUAAACAUUUUUAGUAGCAGCCUGCUAUUAAAUCACUUGGUGGCGGAAUACAACGAAUAAAACG